GUUGUAUACUAUUUUUCUUCACUCAGUGACCCCAUCAUUAUUCUUCUUCUGCACAUGGAGUGAAAUAAAAAACCUCAUUCAUUAGACUCAAAACAGAAAGAAGAAGAGCGAAGAAGAAAAAAAUGGGGUGUGGGAACAUGUUCUUCACAAUUCUAGUGACAUUCUCAGUGUCACUGAUCACAUACAACAUCCUAAUCUCAGCAAAUGCGCCAUUGAAGCAAGACUUUCCAGGACCUUCUACAAGACUCCCUUCAAUCUCCGUUGACCCGCUGAUUAAGAUGCCACUUCACAGAUCAACACAUUCUAAUUCCAACAAGCGACUCUUCCACACUGCAGUAACUGCUUCGGAUUCUGUGUAUAACACGUGGCAGUGCAGAGUGAUGUAUUACUGGUUCAAGAAGAUGAGGGAUCAGGGAGGACCUGAAUCCGCCAUGGGAGGCUUCACCAGGAUUCUUCAUUCUGGAAAGCCUGAUCAGUUCAUGGAUGAGAUCCCUACCUUCGUGGCUCAGCCUUUGCCAGCUGGCGUGGAUCAGGUUCAGGGUUACAUUGUCCUUAACAGGCCAGGGGCAUUUGUGCAAUGGCUACAGCAAGCAGAUAUCAAAGAAGAUUACAUAUUGAUGUCAGAGCCAGAUCAUAUAAUUGUCAAGCCUAUACCAAACUUAGCUAGAGAUGGUCUUGGAGCUGCAUUCCCUUUCUUUUAUAUUGAGCCAAAGAAGUACGAGAAGGUGCUAAGGAAGUACUUCCCUGAGGAGAAAGGACCAAUAACCAAUAUAGACCCGAUUGGCAAUUCACCUGUUAUUGUUGCCAAGGAAUCCCUGAAGAAGAUUGCUCCCACUUGGAUGAAUGUUUCCCUGGCAAUGAAGAAGGAUCCUGAAACAGAUAAAGCUUUUGGAUGGGUGCUUGAAAUGUAUGCUUAUGCCGUUUCAUCUGCACUUCAUGGUGUUGGUAACAUUCUACACAAGGAAUUCAUGAUUCAGCCUCCAUGGGACAAAAAAAUUGGGAAUACAUACAUAAUUCACUACACUUAUGGAUGUGACUAUAAUAUGAAGGGUGAGCUGACGUAUGGAAAGAUUGGAGAGUGGAGAUUUGACAAAAGAUCUUAUGAUCAUGUUGCUCCCCCCAAAAACUUGACAUUGCCACCACCUGGUGUUCCCGAAAGUGUGGUGACCCUUGUCAAAAUGGUAAACGAAGCCACAGCAAAUAUUCCGAACUGGUGGUCAUAGAAGCCUCUCUGAAGGUGGUUCACAACUUGCCUAUGCCAAAUAUGGGCAACGUACACAUCACUCAUAACUGUUUUGUGUAGUUUAUACAGCUGCUGUGUAAUUUACAUGUUUCGAAAUACUAAUUUAAGCCCUCUGUACCUUGAGAUGUCAUUAAUCCUUGUGGACUUCUGGGGGAAAAGGAUAUGUUAGUAGAAAAGAAAAAUCUGUAACAAGGACCACGGAUAUCUGAUUCUCUAAUGCCAUGGGAACCUUGCAUGGGUGCAAAGCUUGGGCACAUACAUGUGACUGCUAAUGACAUGCAAUGGUUGUCAUCAUAAAAUGGUUUCUUUAAUUUCUUAA